ACUGCAGCCCCCACAACAACUGCAGCCCCGACUACAACUGCAGCUCAAACAACAACUGAAGCCCUGACUACAACUGUAGCCACAACAACACCUGCAGCCCUUCCAAUAAUUGCAGCUCCCUCUACAACUGCAGCACCGACAACAACAGCAGCCUCCACUACAACUGAAACCCCCACUACAACUGUUGCUCAAACAACAACUGAAGCCCUGACUACAACUGCAGCCCCCACAACAACUGCAUCCCCCACAACAACUGUAGCCCCCAGAACAACUGAAGUCUUGACUACAACGUCAGCCACCACUACAACUGAAACCUUGACAACAACUGCAGCCCCCACAACAACUGAAGCCCUGACUACAACUGCAGCCCCCACAACAACUGAAGCCCUGACUACAACUGCAGCCCCCACAACAACUGAAGCCCCGACUACAACUGCAGUACCCACAACAACUGCAGCCCCCACAACAACUGUAGCCCCCAGAACAACUGAAGCCUUGACUACAACUGCAGCCUCCACAACAACUCAAGUCUUGACUACAACGUCAGACACCACUACAACUGAAGCCCUGACUACAACUGCAGCCCCCACAACAACUGAAGCCCUGAGUACAACUGCAGCCACCACAACAACUGAAGCUCUGACUACAACUGUAGCCCCCACAACAACUGAAGCCUUGGCUACAACUGUAGCCCCCACAACAACUGAAGCCCUGACUACAACUGCAGCCCCCACAACAACUGAAGCCCUGACUACAACUGCAGCCCCCACA